GCAGCAGCAGCAGCAGCAGCAGCAGCAGCAGCAGCAGCAGCAGCAGCAGCAGCAGCAGCAAGUACCUGUGGAUGUAGUCUUUGGAGCUGAGGGGCACAUCGAAGUUAAGGACAAAAUCGACUGCAGGAAUAUCGAGGCCUCUGCUGCCAACUUCUCAUGGAAGAGGCAGCAGCAGCAGCAGCAGCAGCAGCAGCAACAAAGAGGCGCCAGCAGCAACAAGUACAACAAAAAUGCAGCAGAAGCAGCAACAGCAGCAGCAAAAACAGCAGCAACAGCAGCAGCAACUACCAGCUCUGAACUUCGAGAGGGCUCCAAUCCGCUGCGGCUGCGUCAUUUGGCCGUGGAGGCAAACCUGCAGCACAGCAGCAGCAAAUAG